GCUCCGGAUUCAGAGGGUGUAAGGUUAGACCCGUCAGGAGCCAGAACCUGCUGCAGUCGUGGAUCACGCAAGACUCUAGUUUCCUGGUCCAUGAUGUUCCGGAGAAUUCGGCUCGGUUAAACACCAGAACCUGGUAGCGGCUGAAGAGAACCGGGUCCAGCAGCUGUUCGAGCUACAUAGUUCCGGUUACAGACAGCAUAUGAAACAGACCCGAAGCUAAACCGAAGCGGUUUGGAACGGUUCUGGCUAUAAACAAACUGUGUAGAGAACACAGUCGGCCGCUCCAGACCGGAACCCGAGAGGAGGACUUUCAUCCUCCAGCCUCCUGGACGCCUGGGCGCUCUGCUGCCCGCCCGCCGAGCUCCUCCCUCGGCUCUCAGAGGUCCGGAGCUCCGCGGCUCCUCAGCGGGCCUCUGUCAGCUCGCUGCCCGGCUGAGAGCGCUCUGAGGUCGGUCAGAGGACGACAACAACCCCUCAGAUGAAGACUCUCAUGCCUCACCUUGCGAGGUCACAGUCUGACCUCUGACCCUUCUGAGGAGCUGCAGGAGCGCCAUGCAGGGCGGAGCAGCGGAGGUGGGGCCGUCCCCCCGGACAGAACAUGGCGGCUUCAUCGACACCCACAGGUUGGGGGCGGAGCCUCCCCAGCAGCUGGACCCCGGCGCCCUGCCCCCCCACCAGGCAUCCGGCCUCCUGCUGCAGCAGUGGGCGGAGUCUGGCGGCGGAGCCUGCUGUGAGACAACCUUCAUCGAAAGCCCCGCCCCCACCUGUUGCUCAGCCGGAUCUUCAAGGGAGACGCUGCGACUCUCUGACAGCAAGUUACUGGAGCUCAGUGAAGACAAGGCCAAGAAUCCCCCGAGGACCUUUGACCCAGUCGGGGACGAGGAGCUGGAGAGCGAUCUCUCCAGCUCCUCCACUCAGAGCGAUGACUCCUUCCUGCUGCUUCCUCCCAGAGAUCAUCGGAGCCUCAGCGUUUUCUCGAUGCUCUGCUGCUUCUGGCCGCUCGGCAUCGCCGCCUUCUACCUGGCCCAGCAGACCAGCAGGGCGGCGUCUACAGGUGACCUCCACCUGGCCGGCUCCACCUCCAGGCGGGCGCUCUUCCUCGCCGUUCUCUCCAUCACCAUAGGAACUGGCAUCUAUGUGGGCGUCGCCGUGGCGCUCGUCGCCUACCUGUCCAAGAACCAGAAGUGGUAACCAUGGCAACAGCAGCUGGGUCUGGACCCUCGGGGGGGUUCUACGGGUUUUUGGACUUUUGUGUCUUUUGGUUCUAGAUUUUUCUGUGAAGGUUUUUGGAUGUUUGUAAACCUUCAUCAUCAUCAUCAUCAUCAUCAGAAGACUUUACCUGCCAGGUGGAUGAAGAACCACCAGAACCUGCUGUGGUUCUGGUCCAGACGGUUCUGAUUCCCACUGGGAAUCAGUUCUGGUUGCUCUGAACUGCAUCUGGGUUUGUUUUCCUUCUGCAGCCUGUUCUGGUUCUGGUUCUGGUUCUGGUUCUGUCCACGCAUCUCCUGGUUCCUGAUUGGAUGGAGCCGGGUUUUGUUCACAUUGACACGGGCCGAUGGUGCCGGACCGCCCCAGCAGAACCACGCGGGCUGGGUUUCCCUCAUUCAUAUUGGUGCAGAAGGUUCUGCAGCUGUGAUCCUGAUGCAGGUUCUGUUCAGGUUCUGGUUUCCCUCUCAGAGCCACGCGGCCACCUGAGCAUCCAGAGCCCGACCCGACCCGGUCCCCCCUGGUGUUUCUUCCUGCGUCAGCAGAACUAAUCUGUCCUCUGAGCUCAUUAACGUCCUGAUCCGUUUAGCUGCUGCUAAUAUGGGCCAGAACCAGAACCAGAAGUUCUGCCAGAGAACUCAGAAUGUCUAAUGAGGUUGUGACCUUUGACCCAGGUGUGGCCCAGGUUCUGGAGCCAGUCCUCUCCAGAACCGGUCUCCUGUGGUUCUGAUCAUGACCCGUUUAGCUCCAUUUUGUUCCUAAAUAAAGGCUUUUUCCGAAACUUGAUCCUUUGAUCUGAACGUCAUUAAAGGAAAGUCUUUGGGGCCGCUGACCUCUGACCUCUGGAGCAGCUGGGGUGAGGAGGGACGUCUCCAUGACGACGAGCUCCGGCUUGGCGGCGCCACCUGCAGCUCAUUUGGAUGAUGUUGAAUAAAAGAGGAAGACGCUGA